CGGACUAGUUCGACUCGUUAGUAGUCGGUCGGUCUCCGAGGAUCGAGGUUAGGUUGCUCGGAAGCGGCGUGUGUGCGUCAAUGUAGUUCCGUAAUCAAACAUGGCAGCGAAAGUGAAGUGGAAGAACUGGUGUUUCUUCUUGGUGCUAUAUGUGAUUUCUGUGAAUGGAAUGUUUGUUCAUAGGCACUGCAGCCACAUUCAUCCGAAACAUGACGAGGUGAUACAUGACGUCCACAUCGAACCCGCCCACAUUGUCAAGAAGCGCAGCAUAGACCAGCCGCUCAGAAUCUUGCUUUAUUACGACAAAAGCGUAUACAGACUAGAUGCGGAGAAGUUCGAGCUGAUAAAUAACACGAUAUUGCCAGUGGCGGUCCACUUCUGGGAAAUGGCCCUCAUGGUCAGAAAAACUAACAGCGUAAUACGGCUUAACAGAAAAUGUGAAAACAACCAAGUGUUCUACAGGAAAGGAGAGCCAUACCCAUACUGCAAGAAUGCUUGUGAGGCAAGAACCAUGUGUGGUGAAGUACAAGUACCUGAGCAUCACCUUGAAGUGUGUCGGACAUGCAAUGCAACAGGACAGGACUGUGGCACGGUGAAUUCCAGCAGAGGUUCUGGAAUUGAUGGAGCUGACUUUGUGUUCUAUGUAUCAGCAAUGGAGACAGAAAGGUGUCAUAAAGGAAUGACUGUAGCAUAUGCAGCGCAUUGCCAACAAGAAGCAGCGCUAGACAGACCGAUAGCAGGACAUGCCAACCUGUGCCCCCAGAGCAUCAGUACAAAGCCGCAAGAACUUGAGAUUUUGCUGUCAACAGUGAAGCAUGAAAUCCUUCAUGCUUUGGGUUUCUCAGUCAGUCUGUAUGCUUUCUACCGCGACGAGGAAGGAAAUCCACUCACCCCACGAGGUGACUCUGGCAAGCCCCACCUCAAUGAGAAGUGAGUUGUGGCACAGACA